AACCGAAUUAUAUAUUUUCAACAUGGGUAAAGGUCAGCCUCGUGGACUUAACGCCGCCCGUAAGCUGCGCACUCACCGCCGUGAGCAGCGCUGGGCCGACAAGCACUAUAAGAAGCGUGCCCUCGGUACCGCCUUCAAGUCGUCGCCUUUCGGUGGCUCCUCCCACGCCAAGGGUAUCGUUCUUGAGAAGAUUGGUGUUGAGGCCAAGCAGCCUAACUCCGCCAUUCGUAAGUGCGUCCGUUGCCAGCUGAUCAAGAACGGCAAGAAGAUCACUGCCUUCGUCCCCAAUGAUGGUUGCCUCAACUACGUCGAUGAGAACGAUGAGGUCCUCAUCUCCGGUUUCGGUCGUAAGGGUCGCGCUGUCGGUGAUAUUCCCGGUGUCCGCUUCAAGAUCGUCAAGGUUUCCGGUGUCUCUCUCUUCGCUCUGUACAAGGAGAAGAAGGAGAAGCCCCGCUCUUAAUUGUUUUACUUUUCAAUUCGGCUAUCGUGUUUGGAAAUCAAAAAACAUUGGAUAUUGUUUACCUGCGAGUAAUGUCUAUACACUAAUUAAAUGUCAAGAAUUCGAGUAUUUGUGAACUGUUCUUAAUCUGAUUGGGUGAUUUCAUGAGCGUGUUGCUCUG